AUGGAUGUUCUUAAUGAUAUAGCACAACCUAACAAUUGUGAAGAUGAUGAGAUACCACCAGCAUCAGAAUGCAGAGGGCGUGUUAAAGAAGAUGGUAUCAUGCGUCAUCCUGCAGAUGGGAAAGCAUGGAAGGAUUUUGACCGUAGCAAUCCAGCGUUUGCAAUGGAACCUAGGAAUGUGCGUCUUGGAUUGGCUGCUGAUGGAUUCAAUCCUUUUAGAAAUAUGAGUUUGUCUUAUAGCAUGUGGCCGGUUGUGUUAACGACUUACAACUUGCCACCGUGGUUAUGCAUGAAAGAGACUAACUUUAUGUUGACUUUAUUAAUUCCUGGUCCACAUUCACAUGGAAAAGAUUUUGAUGUUUUCUUAAGGCCAUUGGUUGAUGAGUUGAAGGAAUUAUGGGUGAACGGUGUUCAGACUCGCGAUGUUGUUGAUGGUAGUUUUUUUAAGCUUCGAGCAGCUUUAUUGUGGACUAUAAAUGAUUUUCUAGCGAGGAGUAGUCUUUCUGGAUGGAGUGGUCAAGGUUACACUGCUUGUCCUACUUGCAAUGUAUCAACACCAUCAGUUCGUUUGCAAAAUAAGGUUGCAUUUUACGGUCACAGACAUUUUUUACCAAUGGGACACCAAAUUAGAAAAAAGAAGAAGUUAUAUGGUUCAGUUGAGAAAAGACCACCUCCAGAGGAAUUUAGCACUGAAGCUAUUUUCACACAAAUGAAUUUUAUGCCUGAAUCUCUUCCUGGUAAGCAUGUUAGCUACGGUGGACAAAAAAGGAAACGCACAAAAGAGCAAGUUGGUUGGCGUAAAAAAAGCAUUUUCUUUGAGCUCCCAUAUUGGGCCAAUAUGAAGUUGCGACACAACCUAGACGUCAUGCAUGUUGAGAAAAAUGUAUGCGACAGCUUAGUUGGCACAAUAGUCGGGUUGGAAAAUAAGAUCAAAGAUACAAUUAACGCUAGAGUAGAUUUGGAGAAGAUGAAGAUAAGGCCAGAAUUGCAUUUGGGAAUGGUAAAUGGUCGAAUGGAAAAGCUGGCAAGGAAAUACACAUUUAUUCCUGAAAAUCGGCAUAAGUUUUGUCGAUUUUUGAAAUCAGUCAAAUUUCCAGAUGGGUUUGCAUCUAAUCUAAGGAAGAAUGUGAUUGAAAAUGACAAUAAGAUUACUGGGUUGAAAUCCCACGAUUGUCAUGUCAUAUUGCAACGUCUUUUGCCAAUUGGUGUUCAUUCAUUUCUAGAAAAACCUAUUGCCAAGACCAUUAUUGACUUGUGCACUUUCUUCAAGAUUAUUUGUGCUAGAACUCUUAUUGUUUCUGAUUUGGAGAAAGUGAAAACAUCAAUUGUUGAAAUUCUUUGCAGACUAGAAAUCAUUUUUCCGCCAGCGUUUUUUGAUGUUAUGGUUCACCUAAUGAUACAUUUGCCUCAAGAAGCAAUAGAUGGAGGUCCAGUACACAUGAGAGAGCACAAGCAGAUCCUUUUAUCUAGUGGUGCUGAAAACCUAGAUCAAUUACAGAAAAAGGAGUUCCCCAUGUGGUUUUACAAUAAGCUUUACAAUCUUCGACAAGCGGGAUCUGCAGAAGCUUCUGAAGAGUUAUUCUCCUUAGCAAGCGGCUCCUCUAAUCUUGUUUCUUCAUACACUGGGUGUAUUGUCAAUGGAGUUCGAUUUUUGUGCUAUGAUAAAGAUAAAAAUUUGAAAACUCAAAACAGUGGUGUCUUAGUACCCGGAGUAGACAACAAAAAUUUCUAUGGGCAAUUAGAAGAGGUUAUAGUGGUGUCAUACCUUGCUGGUUGUUCUGUUGUAUUAUUCAAGUGUAAAUGGUUUGAUACAGAUCCUACCAAGAGUAGGAUGAAGCAUGAAAAUAAUAUAACUAGUAUAUUUACUAAGUUCGAGUGGUACAAAGAUGACAAGUUUAUCUUGGCAACUCAGGCAAAACAAAUUUUCUAUCUUGAUGAUUUGAAAAAUGACCGGGAUUGGAAAAUUGUUGAAGAAGUUCAUCAUAGAAAUGUGUGGGACACCUCAGCAGCUGAUGAACAGUUGGAUCCCAUUGAAAUAGAUAUACUCCUGUUGAUCAAGAGGAAGAUGAAGAGGAAGAGGAAGAGGAAAUGGUCGAUGAAGAGGAAGAGGAGAUGGUCGAUGAAAAGGAAGAGGAAGAGGAAGAGGAAGAGGAAGAGGAGGAGAUGGACUUAG